UCGCUCCGCGCAGCCCCAGAGAAGGCGGAAGCAGUGGCGUCCGCAGCUCGGCUUUGGCCCGCGGGCGGCCCGCGGAGGUGGCGACGUCGCCCUUUGGCCCCCGAGUUUGACGUCGGAGCAGUCUCAUCUCGGAGCGCAGUGCCUGUGUCCGUCCCCUACCAGCGUCUUGGCUGAGCAGAGUCCUGCGGCUGGGGACAGCCCUGCCCGCCUGGUUCGGCCGCCCGGCGCACUUGAGCGAAAUCUCCACACUGAGCAUUUGGAAGUCCUUACAGAGUUUUAGACCUGGAAGAAGAAACAAAGAUCUAAAUGGUUAAGUAACUUGCACUAAAUCACAUAUCCAGUAGUGGCACAUGAUCACCUGAUUCCUGUGAACUUUUCCUAGCACUGAGCUGCUAGCCAUACUAUGCUCUUCAGCUCUGAAUACUUGAAGGAACUUCAACAACAUGGAUAAGUUCUUUAGUAGAGCAAGUGAUAAUCAAGUUACUAUGAGUCUACUAAAUUGUGAAAACAGCUGUGGAUCCAGCCACUCUGAAAGUGACUGCUGUGGGGCCAUGGCCAGCUCCUGUAGCGCUGCAACAAAAGAUGAUAGUGUGGGUGGAACUGCCAGCACGGGGAACCUCUCCAGCUCCUUUAUGGAGGAGAUCCAGGGAUAUGAUGUGGAGUUUGACCCACCCCUGGAAAGCAAGUAUGAAUGCCCCAUCUGCUUGAUGGCAUUACGAGAAGCAGUGCAAACACCAUGCGGCCAUAGGUUCUGCAAAGCCUGCAUCAUAAAAUCAAUAAGGGAUGCAGGUCACAAAUGUCCAGUUGACAAUGAAAUACUGCUGGAAAAUCAACUAUUUCCAGACAAUUUUGCAAAACGUGAGAUUCUUUCUCUGAUGGUGAGGUGUCCAAAUGAAGGUUGUUUGCACAAGAUGGAACUGAGGCAUCUUGAGGAUCAUCAAGUACAUUGUGAGUUUGCUCUUAUGGAUUGUCCCCAAUGCCAGCGUCCUUUCCAAAAAUGCCAAAUUAAUAUUCACAUUCUGAAGGAUUGUCCAAGGAGACAGGUUUCUUGUGUAAACUGUGCUGCAUCAAUGGCAUUUGAAGAUAAAGAGAUCCAUGACCAGAACUGUCCUUUGGCAAAUGUCGUCUGUGAAUACUGCAAUACCAUACUCAUCAGAGAACAGAUGCCUAAUCAUUAUGAUCUAGACUGCCCUACAGCCCCAAUUCCAUGCACAUUCAGUACUUUCGGUUGCCAUGAAAAGAUGCAGAGGAAUCACUUGGCACGCCACCUACAGGAGAACACCCAGUCACACAUGAGAAUGUUGGCCCAGGCUGUUCAUAGUUUGAGCCUUACUUUAACUCCCGCUCCUCCCACCCCUGAGGUCUGGAAUUUCCAGGAAACUAUUCACCAGUUAGAGGGUCGCCUUGUAAGACAAGACCAUCAAAUCCGGGAGCUGACUGCUAAAAUGGAAACUCAGGGUAUGUAUGUAAAUGAGCUCAGGCGAACCAUUCGAACCCUUGAGGACAAAGUUGCUGAAAUUGAAGCACAGCAGUGCAAUGGAAUUUACAUUUGGAAGAUUGGCAACUUUGGAAUGCAUCUGAAAUGUCAAGAAGAGGAGAAACCUGUUGUGAUUCACAGCCCUGGAUUCUACACAGGCAAACCCGGGUAUAAACUGUGCAUGCGCUUGCACCUUCAGUUACCUACUGCUCAGCGCUGUGCGAACUAUAUAUCCCUUUUUGUCCACACAAUGCAAGGAGAGUAUGACAGCCACCUCCCUUGGCCCUUCCAGGGUACAAUACGCCUUACAAUUCUUGAUCAGUCUGAAGCACCUGUAAGACAAAACCACGAAGAGAUAAUGGAUGCCAAACCAGAGCUGCUUGCUUUCCAACGACCCACAAUCCCACGGAACCCAAAAGGUUUUGGCUAUGUAACUUUUAUGCAUUUGGAAGCCCUAAGACAAAGAACUUUCAUUAAGGAUGACACAUUAUUAGUGCGCUGUGAGGUCUCCACCCGCUUUGACAUGGGUAGCCUUCGGAGGGAGGGUUUUCAGCCACGAAGUACUGAUACAGGAGCAUAGCAUGCCCUCACUUGUUCAAAAACAACUACCUGGAGAAAACAGUGCCUUUCCUUGCCCUGUUCUCAAUAACAUGCAAACAAAAAAGCGGCGGGAAAGAUGUAGUAUCUGCUAGUGAGCGUUGUUAGAGAUGUCACUUACUAGUUCUUUCUGUUACAAAUGAUCUGAGACAGUUUUUUCCUGGGAGUCCACACGUUCCACUUUUUCAGAAAUGUUAGGCCUGAAGUGCCUGUGGCAUGUUGCAGCAGCUAUUUUGUCAAUUAGUAUACCUCUUUGUUGUACUUUCUUGGGUUUUUAUUCUGGUAUGUUUUAUUGUCAGAAAGCCCAGACUCAGAGUACUAAACUUUUAAUAAUAAUGGACUUUCCUUAAAACUUCAAUCUAUUUUUAUAGUAUUAUAUGUAAUAUAUUAAAUGUGAGAAUCACUACCGCCUUGUGCUGGUGCCCUCAAGAAGAGUUAUUGCUCUAGAAAGUUGAGUUCUCAUUUUUUUAACCUGUUACAGAUUUCAGAGGAUUUGAACCAUAAUCCUUGGAAAACUUAAGUUCUCAUUCACUCCAGUUUUUCCUCCACGUUGUUACUAAGGAUAUUCAGGGAUGAGUUUAAACCCUAAAUAUAACCUUACUUAUUUAGUAUAAACAUGUCUGUUGAAUAAUACUUGUUUGAGUAUCUGCCUUGCUUACGUAUUUUCUUGAGGCUGUGAAGUAGUGUCUUCCCAGAGUUUAUAAUACUGAGAACCAUGUGGAUACCAACCGCUCAGUGUUAUGCUAGGGAACCUUUUUGUCUAUUCAGUGCAGAGUGAAUUUCACAGCUCUGCAUAUGUCUUCAGCUGUCUGAGGCUUACAAGACAAGGAGAUGGACACAUAGAAUCACCAACAUAAAAAUUAAAAGUGACUCAAGUAGUCAGGCCAUGUGGCAUCUCAUUGGUGGUGACAAACUAUUUGAGCCAGAAGUCUUCAGCUCUUUUGAAUACCCUCUUGUUUAGUUCAGUUAAAUGGAACAAAAUUAAUUUCCUAAAUUCAGAAUUUUUUAAAACUUGGGAGAUGAUUGGCGAUAUCAAAGAGGUCACUAAACUAAGAAGUCACAGUGGUUAUAUCACAACUUAGCUUGAGUAAUUUGCUUUAGCCUAGCAACCGCAGGUUCUGAGAAGGAUCUUGUGGAAUGUUUUCAAAGUAGCCAAAUGUUCCUAAUAGGGAAAGAUGAUUUUUUUGGUGUGCCAUCAUGUAUUUGUUAAAGGUCUGUAUACAGAUACAAAAAAUCAUGGAAUCUAGUUCUUAAGGAGACCCACAAUUAGUAUAGGCUUAUAAAGGAUCUAAAGAUAGAUCCUGUAUUUAAAGUCAUCUGGUACUGAGAGAUGACAUUGUAUUCCUAGAGAGCCCAAAUCGGCAUCCCCAACCAGAGUUCAAGAUCAGCCUUAAUUUCAAGAGAAAGCCAAGGACCUCGUCUGCAGAUGAGUGUGGUUUUCAGCCCCAGCCAGUGUCACUUUGAACUUUCCCUUUGCUUUUUUCUCUACUCUCCCUCCCCACCCACCUUUAGGCUCCUGAUCUGGUGUGUUUGUUAUGGAGUGAAAAUAAAAGUCAAGCAGAGACCUUGUUCCCGGUGCCACCAUUAGUACCACAAGCUCAUGGCUAGUUAACCACAUUAUUUCCUGGCAGUUUGUGUCCUUCAGCCUUGCCUUCCAACCAGCUCCUCAGAAUCACUGCAUACCACCCUUUAGGUCGGGAUACCUGCGCUGCUGCUGUUCCUGUGAUUGUUUUACAAUGAAUAAAUAAUUGUUAAGUUCCAUUUAAAAAGUAAUCAGUUGUUAUUUUUGUAUUUGCUUAGAAAAAGCCUGAAGGAAAUAUACUAAACUUUUUGAUGGCUUAUUUUCCUCUUUGUGCUUGCUUAUAUUUUUUACAUUUUCUGCAGUAAAUGUGUACUUUUAUCAGAGAAAAAAA